AACCAAGAGCAUUUACACUGUUAAUACACAUCCAUACUGUAGUGGAAAGUGUUUAUCAGCUGUAAUGUAAAGAGUGUGUUUAAAGGAUUCGGUGCAUAAAGCUCUCAUUUUGUGCUGGCAGGUCAGAUGUUAAGACAAUGAACUAGCUUACUGAAACAAAACCCUCACAUGGUGGGGUGGCUGGAAUAUAAAUCCAAGAAAGCUGAGACCAGACAUGAUGCCAGACGUGACCUUCUAGAGGGACCACAGCUGGCAGCAGUCCUUUGAUAAACCUAGCCAUGUCUUCAACACGAGCAAGUUUACGUCAUCCCAGCGAAAUUAUGGGCCGACCUAGUAAGGUCAUGGCACAAAGCGUCAGGAUGGUGACACCUUUUAUAGCCUGCCUGCUAGUCUGUGCACAUGCGACUGCCAGCAUGGCCUGUCCAGAGGGGUGUGAGUGCAUCAUCAACAACUUGUCUAGUCAUGUGACCUGUGCUGACCAAUCACUGACCAGCAUUCCUGAGGGUAUUCCUAGCAACAUAACGGAUAUUCGGUUACGUGGGAACAAGAUCAGUAAUAUAUCCAGUGUCUUUCACAUCUUUACAGGUCUGGUAACUGCAGAUAUCAGCUUAAACAACAUUCAAUCUGUGCACAGCAACGACCUUUUUCGAAACAAUCAUCUAAAAGAACUUAUCUUGUCCAAUAACAAAAUAACAACCCUUAAUGCGGAAGCAUUUAUAAAUGUUCCCAAUCUUCUAGUCAUUAACUUGUCAAAUAACAAUAUUUGUGUUCUGAAAAGUGCAAUAUUUCAUAAUUUAUUUAGUCUCAAAGUGAUAGAUUUGCGGAAUAAUUCAAUACAGUUGUUAGAAGCUGAUGCAUUUACAAAUUUAACAGACCUCCAGUCACUGGACUUAAGUUACAACCAAAUUACAACAAUUCCAGAUGAAUUGUUCCGAGACAUGAACAAGCUGAAAUCACUCAAUCUUCAACAAAAUCGGAUUACUGCAUUCAAUGGUGAGGGUCUUUUCUCUGCUACAAACAGUCUUGAAUACCUGGAUUUAUCAUUCAAUCUAUUGGAGAAUGUGACUAAAAGUGAUUUAACAUUCCAAGCAUUGACACAUUUGGACUUAGCUGGAAACAAUAUAUCCCAAUUUACUAGUGACUUGUUUCACCAACUCGACAAUCUGACUGUGCUUGUAUUGGAUGGGAACCCUAUAAGUUCUAUAAGCACAGCAGUCUUUGAACAUCUUUCCAGCCUGAGGAACCUGACUAUAAGCUACCUGAAAAGUCUCACAUACCUCUCACCUAACACAUUCAAAGGGUUGUCCUCCCUUGAAUGUUUAGAAUUAAACAACAACCCACUGUUGUCUUUCAUUCACCCGGAGUUGUUUGCUCCUUUAACCUCAAUCAGAACCCUUGACCUCAGUCUGAACAACAUCACCAAUUUACAAAAUGCAAGUUUUGAACAUAAUUCAGGACUUUCCAUAUUGGACAUCCAGGGUAACACACUUCCAUGUGACUGUAGCAUUGACUGGAUUAUCGAGGAAAUACAGAUGAACUCCAGUUUUUUGCGAGGCGCCCAAUCAUUAAGCUGUGCUAAUACUUCAUCAUCUGAUACAAUUCUUAUAACUGCUUUAAAUUUAGAAAUAUUACACUGCAGUGACGUGACAAUUAUGGCCCACACAAGUGACAGCAGCUUCCGUGUUGGAAGGCCAGCCAUACUGAAAUGUGUAGCCUCCAGUGAUCCUAGUCCAGAAAUCACAUGGAUUACUCCUCGCAAUCUGGUACUGAAAUAUCACGACUUUCAUCCCCUGUCCUCUCUAAGUUAUCUGCCCCUGAAUGACACUGCUGUCCACAAGGCCUUCCAUUCCACGCACGACUGGCAUGAACAACCACACUACUUCCCUGAGAGUGAAACACACCCAGACAGGAUUGUGAUCCUUGAAGAUGGGUCUCUGUACAUUGACUAUGUGAUGCGAAUGGACGGCGGACCUUACAAAUGCAUAGCUAGUAACCCCAGGAAUUCAAGCGAGGUCACCAUAACUGUGUUUCUAGAUUAUGAUGUGUUACGAGAUGUAUAUCAUUGGAGCUUAGUAAUUGGACUGUCAUGCGCCGGAGCAUUUUUCUGUUUAAAUCUGACGUACUCUUUAACACUUGCUGGAGUUCGUAAGUGCAUCAGUCAGCAAAGACGUGUAAGGGUCAGACAUAUGAUUGAAACAAUAGACAAGUACAAAACUGCCAGACUGGGCAGCAUUAAGGAAAACUACAACAACCAAGUGGGAAAGAUACGUGACCAGUACCACUUCCAGCUGGGUCGCCUGCGUGAGCAUCAUCAGAACCAGGUGAACCGGAUGGGCCGCAUGAGAGAGGGCGCCACACUGAGGAUGGAGAAACUCAAGGAGAACUACAACAACCAGCUGGGAAGGCUUAAAGACUACAGUUCCAGUCAGUUGGUGCAGUUAAGGGAGAGGUACAACAGCCAGGUGGACAAGAUCAAGGACUAUGGCAAUGAUAAACUGGAUCGGAUUCAUGAGAAGUACAAGAUCAAGCAACAGCAUGUCAUCAAACUUUUUGAAAUGAUGAAUUUGGAAAAUUGUCGGACUGCUUUUGACAGUGAGUGUGUACGAGCGGAGUCGAUGAUACUGCAGUCCGAGCCGUUCACAGAGGAUGUACCCUUGCAUAGCCCCAUAGACUCUGUGAGUAUGAGUGAGUCGGAGUACAUGACAGCGACCAGCUCAGAAUCAUCCCGCUAUGCUAGCCAGGAGGAUGUGCAGUCCAGGAUUCAUGAGCAUGAUUUGGAGAUGGUCCCAUUAAAAAAACACCAGCAAGAAUACGAACACCAGUGCACCUCCUCUGGGUCCACAACAUUACCAGACAGCAGGGGCCACACCGACUUAUGUGAUGAGAAUUUACCUUCUGUCUCAUACACUGCCAAAAACAGACUAACUGACAGUCCUUACCAAAAACGGUUAAAACACAAUCGAGACAGAAUGCGACUACCAUUAAACAAUGGCAGCACGGAGGAAACACGUCGUCUCUACAGGCCUGACUGUGAUAUAGAUACUCAACCGCCUACUAGAAGGGUGAACUCUGAAUACUACAGCGAUUUCUUACAAAGAAGCCAACAUGCUGGUGAAGAAGUAGAUCACAUUGACUGGGAAACAAAGUCAUGCACCUCUGUCCCUGUACAGGAAAAGUCCAGCAACAACUCUGGGCAAAAAUGUUCUGCAACUGACAUUCAUGUGACAGAAAAAGCUGACAAUAAUGCCGGUCCUGGGACAAACAGACACAGUGAUGUUGGUCAAAGAGGUGGUCUAGUACUCAGUGGAUGUAUCAUUAAGGAGUCUGUUGUGUAGUGUAGACUUCUUUGUUGUCAUUUUUCAUUAUUUAGAUUUCAUAAAGAAUAAUAAAUUGAAUGAUUUAUUAUACAAUGUACAAUGUCAUAAUUUACAAUUUUGUGCCAAUCAUUUAAUUAUGAUUAAUGUUUAAGACUUAAUAAGUCACAUUUUCAAAUAUCAUAAUUUUUAAUAAUUAAUUCAAUGAAAAACAAUUGCUGUUAAUCUUUACAUACAGUCAGUUUUAGAAAUGCACUUCAUUUUACUUUUAUAAUUUUGAGAUAAUUGAGCAAGUAAGUUCUUUUGUAGCCUUUAUAAGCCUUGCUUGUUUCUUUAUCCUCCCUGUGAACUUCAACCAAAACAUGUUAUCACAAACAUGAGAGAGCUUAUAUCAAAAGUCUGUUGCUUGUUGGAAAAACAUGAAAAUUUUAAUAAGCCAAUUUUUACUUAGUUUUUUCUUUUAUUGUUGUUCAAAAUCACAAUACUCAGUUGAAGGAAGUUUAGGUAAAAUUCACAAAUAUCUAGUUCGGCAACUCAAAUAAAUGAUUACGUUUUGCUUAAUAGAUUUUUUUCAUGUUUUUCACAGAAUAUUUUUCAUUCAAAAUGUAGAUUUUCUUGAAUUAAUACUUUUACUUUAUUACUUUAUUUUUUAUACUUAUGUGAGUAUAAUGAACAUCAAUUACAGCAAAACUAAAUUACAUUUUGGUGGAAAAGAUUUUAAAAGAAAAAGCAUAUGCACUUGUACAAUACAUCAAUUAAUUUUCCAAAUGAUUAUGUGGGUUUGUGUAAUUAUCGUGAACUGUCAAUCCUUUACCAUUGUCUGUUGCCUGCCAGUUGGUACCCACAUGGCUGUAUGUGUUGUAUACUGUGUAUUUAAUCAAGACAAGACAGGCCAUAUUUCUAAUCAAGAAUUGUUGUUUUCAUUAAUUUAAUCAGGAAUCUGGUGUCUGCUUUCCUGUCAGACAAUGUCUGUUGACGUAUAUAAGCAUUAUAUGUAUCCUACAUAAAUUAAAACAAACCAUUAUGUAAAUUAUAUAACCUAUUUAAAUAAUAUUAGUUAUUUCUACAUGAACUUGCAAUACUAAGAUUUUAAGUCCACCUGUUUAUAAUGAACAGAAGUUAUUGAUAAAAACUAUCUUUGUUAAUACUUUAAACAAUUUAACUCUAUUUAUUAUCCUGAUCUUUCCUGCACUAUUUUGAUGUGAUUUUAUGACUUCACCGAUAACAUGUCAACUCAGUGACUCGUAAGCCAUUUAUAUGGCUGGGUAGCACAAUGUUUGUACAAAUGUUUGUUUAUAAUAAUAUUGAUCGUAUUAUUGCUGUAAAUAUCAAUGAUUAUUUAUGUACUAUGCGUCAUUUUAAUAAAAUAUACAACUACUAAUCUGCGCAAGUAUAAUAUAUCAUGUUGAAACAAAAAUACUUGCAUAAUAAUCAUAUGAACUGUUUCUUGGAAUUUUAAUGAUUGGAUGGGAAACUGUUGUAUGAUUUAAAUGUUAAAGAUCGUGCACCAUAUUUUGAAGUCUAAUUAUUAAAAUUCCAUUUUAUUGUGUUCGUGCAAGAAAUGAAGUGUACAUUAAUGUAUUUCAGCCAAGAAACAAAAUAUUACUGUAGCCUCAAUUUAUUUAUAUAACAUUUUAAUACUUAUGAAUUAAUGUUUAUAUGUGCUAUUGUGCAUGUGAACCUGAAAUGUUUAAUGUUGAAUAUGUAAUUGCCAGAAGUGUGUCUAGUCUAUUUAUGAAACUGUUAAGUUCUCAUUUCAUAUAACAGUAUUAUCACUUGACAAACAAUGUUCAUUAUUUAUGUGAAUAUUUAUGAUGGAUGUUGACUGUGAGUGUGAAUAAUUAAUUGUUUUAUUUAUUGUUCUUCAAAUAAAUUAUUCAGAAAGGAAGUUUGUUUAUAAGUUUUUUCCUUUCUGCUUUUGGAUAAUCCGUAAAACUCAGUCUUGUUAAAUUUACUGUCAAUUUUUAACUUAAAAAGAAUCAGCUUUUCAGAAAAAAUGGGCUUUUACCACAUGACAAUGUUAAAAUUGAGUUAUCAAUUUCGUUCAUAAUAUAUCAGUUUCUCUAGUUAUAUUGAUGGAUAUUGCCGGUUUCUCUAGUUAAAUUAAUGGAUAUUGUUGAACAAACGUAAUCUCAUAAAAAGACAUAAAAUAUGUAAUAUUACAUAUUGCGAAAAUCAAUGAUAUUGUAAACUAAAACGAAGCAUUUAAUUAUCUGUCAUUACUGGCAAAUUAAAUAAAAUUGUUAGUAAACAAUCAGUUGAUAUGAGUAUUUUAAAAUGUGUACUUGUGAUUAAACAUGUUAUCCCAAACUCA